AUCCUUUUUUGGCCAAUGCCAUAUAAAGGCGUUGGGAUCAGGUUAUUUAGUUUCUCCUCUCCCAAAAUUUUUUCCCUCUUUCGUUUGAAAAAACAUCCGAGACCCAUGCAGUAUGCACAUUCCUGUCGCCGAGCUCACGUCCUCGGAGCUACUUCAAAAUCCGGCUGUCGGUGCUGCGUCUCAACUUCCCGCCGGUGCUGCUAGCUGCUGGGGUUGUUGGUUGCGUUUUAUAUUCAUUCCAUUUGUGGAUUUGUUUUUUUGGCUUGAUUUUUGUUUUUUCUGUCCUUUGCCUUUCAUUCACUCGAUCUGUAAGGAAUUAUCGGCAUUUCUGUAUGUAGCAUUGUUUUGGACUGCGUUUUGUUGUUUAAAAGGUAGAUUUAUGAGUUUUUUCGCCCGCAUUGUGUGGUUUAUGUGGAUUUUUACAAUUUGUUUGAUUUACUCUGUGUUUUUAUCCAAUGUGUUCUUGAGAUUAUAAGUUUUGCUUACAGAUCUUGAAAUUGAUGACGUUUCUUACCGCAAUUCCUUCAAAAUUUCUUCCUUUAAACGUUUACACCAGCCCAACAUGCCAGCUAAGAACACCUUUCAUUUGUUUCUAUAUCAAAAUCAUUGACUGAAACACCACUUGAAGACGUAGACAAAUUUUGGGUAUUCAAUGAUAUAUCCAAGAAGAAAAUUUGGGGAAUAUAUUGAUGAUGUAUUCACUUGUCUAAUAGAGGCUCACUGAUUUCUUUAGGUAAAUAUGUUAUGCCUAUCAAAUUUCUUGGAAGACAAUCCGCUGCUGAUGAUCAAAGUGAAGAUAUUGAGUUGGUGGAAAAUAAAAACAACAACAAUUAUUAUCAAGUCACGACUUUUGUAAAUGCCAUUUCUGCCCGAUGGCCAAAUGCCAGGCGAUCCUACUCUCGGCGGAGGUGACGAUGCUUUCAACACCCUUUUUAGUGAAAUCGGUGUUGGAAAGCAUGUUCCUCAUGUUGUUUUUGUUGAUCUUGAGCCUAUUGUUAUCGAUGAGGUAGCAGUCAGAUUCCACAAGGUUGAUCCUGCUACUGCUUGCCAUUUAAAGACUCAGCUAGUUAAAAGAAUUUAGGUUAAUGGUCUAUAACGAUGUACACAUGUUGUGAGGGGAGUCAUGGUUUUGUUAGUAAAGUUUGGGCCCAACUGUAAAUAUUUUAUCUGUAGAUAUUGUGUUAUGGUUUGUUAAGCAUGUGAUUGUAUGGAAGUUAAUGUUGAGCCUUCUUGAUGUGGGCUAACCGUA